AACCAUCAAAAUUGCAUAAAAUGUGCAUAAUUUAUGUAUAUAUGAGUACUGUUUUAAGUCAAGAUUUUCAGCUGUACUCUUCAAGUGUGGCUUCAACAUUGUUAUAUAUAUAAACCCUUUAUCUCCACCCAUCAUUUAUUCUAAAAAAGAAUUUUGCCAAUUUAAUCUUCUUCUUCUUCUUCAACAAUAUUCAAGUUGAUACAAUGUCUAAAAUUUACCCAGAAAUUUUGGAGCAAUCUUCUUUUUCUUCUUCUUCUUCACCUUAUGUGAAAUCCAUAAGAGAAACAUUUACAUUAUGGAUGAAAUCAUUAGUUUUCCAUGGAAAUGGUUGUACUGUUUUUAAUUCCAAAGGUGAAAUUGUUUUCAGAGUUGAUAAUUACCAAGAAAGUUGUAGCAAUGAAGUUUGUCUCAUGGAUCUCAAGGGCCAAGUUCUCUUCUCAAUUAAAAGAGAGAAACUACGAGUUUUUGGUCGUUGGAAUGGCUAUGGGUGUAAUGGAAUCAAAGGGAGGCCAUUGUUUCAAGUAAAGAAGAAUAGCAUGUUUUCUAAAGAAGAUAUCAUAUGUAAUGUUGGAAUUAAUUGCUACAAGAUUCAACAAUUGGAUACAAAUUCAUCACUUAAAGUGACAAAUACUGCAGGUCAAGUUGUUGCAGAGGUAAAACAAAAGCAAUCAUCAAGAGGAUUUGGAUAUGGUGAAGACGUGUUAACUCUAGAAGUGGAACCCCAUAUAGACCACUCAUUAAUUGUGGCUCUUGUGAUAGUAUGCAACUUGAUUCAUGGCAAAUUAUGAAAAUUUGCUUGUGUCAUUUUUUCGCAGGAGUCAUGCUAAUUUUUUCGAUAUCGUUCCAAUUUUAUCGGAUAUCCUCAAGGGAUCGGCAAAUUUCCUAUAGUAUUUCAAGAUUCAUCAGCUUCUAGAUUCAUGUGAGUUGAACCACCAUUCUGAUUUAAGAAUGUGUUGUGUUUGAAUUCUCUUUGUAUAUAAGGAGAUAUUCAAAGUUGUAUGUGAAAAUACAAGUCAAGUUGUAUGGUUUAGGGUGAAGAAAAGAAAUACUUUAUAGUUUUA